UACGAGAGAUAUUGAAAAGUUGCAAUUCCGGCGACGUGAUACAGUUGGAGGAAGGAAUUUAUGUUGGCGGGUUUGCGAUGACUAAGAAUAACAUAACCCUAAAAGGAGUUGGGGACAGGACCAUUAUAGCUUGUGUCUCUUACACUGACACAGUUGGACUUUCAAUUCUGGCUAAUGACUGCACGAUAUCAGACCUGCAAUUUUCAAUUCCGUUUAAAGAGACGACCGGGAUGAGAGUGACCGGUGCAAACAAUGUUAUCAGGAAUGUAUUUUUCCGUGGGGGGUGGAUCUGUAUUGAUAUCGAUGGAGACGGUAACAUACUACGCGAUAUAAGGAUUUUCUGUACACAAUUAUAUCAUGAGGAUUUGAGAAACAUGUUCAGUGGUGUAAUUUGUCGCGGAACAGUCUUCGCAAAUAUAUGGAUAGGUGCUUUUAUUAAAGGAAGCGGUAACCAAAUAAGAAAUCUGUACUGCAACAAGGUCCCCAAACUCCCAGGGGUGACAACUUUCGGCGUUUUUAUUGAUGAUGGAGCAUCUAAUUAUGUGGACAACUUGAGUUGUGACGCAACGGACUGGUCUAAGAUCACUUUCGGACUGGUUGUUGGUGACAAAGCGUCGGGCGUCGGGGUAAAACUUUCGAAUUGUCGGUUCGGUAGGGGAAAGAUAUACGGAAGAGGGCAUUCCAUGCAAGACAUAGAGGCUACUUUAAGUUUAGAACUCUUCGGACAAGAUCACGUCCUAGCGAAAUGUAGCUCCAACCAUUUACUUACAGACAAGUUGCAAAAAUCAAUAACCAACUGUGAUUUCACAACGAUUUCACAACUAGUCGAAUCAGAAGAACCUAGUGUGGAAAAAGAAGAGAAAACUUUAAUCUCGCCAAAUUUCGAAUCAUCCGAACAUCAAUCCAGCUCUCACAUCGGAGUAGAUAGGGUCACAUCGAAUUCCAAAGAAUUUCAGGAAUGCUUACAGAAUACCAAGUCGGGUGAUGUAAUUAUCCUACGAGAAGGCUUAUACGAGGGAGAGUUCAGCGUGCUAGAUCACUCCGUAAAGAUACAAGGCGCAGGUAAAUUUUUGACAAUUCUCCAAAAUCCGUUAUCCACGGGUGAUGAAAAUUUCCUGCUAUCCGUGGUCGGAGAUAACUGCGUCAUAUGCGACCUGUGCUUCAUCGUUCCACGUCUAGGGGGCGGACUGGAAAUAAUCGGCUCUGGAAAUUCAGCAAGAAACUUGGCUUUCCUGGGUGGUUCAAAAGGUGUGCUAAUUCGGGAACGGAAUAACAAACUAUCGGAUAUCAUGGUGGACGGAACCACGUGUGGAGUUUCUUGCCAUGGAGAUGGAAAACCUGGAAAUGUCAAAUGUUUCUGUCACUGGAGUAUGGAUUGAAAACAGCCAUAACAAUAAUGUCAAAUCAGUUCGUUUUUUAAAUUAUGCUUGUGGUGUUGAAAUUAGGGAAAUGGUUGCGUAUUAAGCGAUAUCAUCUAUCGCAAGGGUUCUCAAGGUACGAGCUCAGUCGGAGUGCGAAUUCUCGAUGGGGAAGGGAAUACCCUUGAUAACCUUAAAUGUGAAGGGUUACAGAGGUGGAAAAGGGAUUUGGGGUUGGAAUUGGAGAGUUCGGCAAGAAAUACAAGAAUAACCAAUUCUAUUUGUGAGAGGGUGAAAAUUGCGGGAAAUGAACAUAAUUUUAAAAAUGUGGAUUUUGGUGUUAGACUUAGGGUGGAGGGGAGUGGGCAUCAAUUUGAGGAGCGUAAGGCCCUGCAAAUAGUAAACAAUGGGGGAGAAAAUGUGGACAUAAGCGGGGUUGAGAUUACAAAAGGGGACUAUUCCGAUUUGUAGGGGUGACUUACAUACGUACUAUAACCGAGCAAACUAUUUCUUUUCGUGAAGCAUUACACCUAUUUAAUUAUUUAUACCAAAGUUUGCCAUACGGUUUAAAGAGUAUGACAUUUUACGAAAAGU